GAGAAGGGGGGGGCUGGCUGAGCCAGACAUGCCUAUCUGAGCUGCUGCCCCACCCCCACCCCCACCCCCAGACUCAGACACAAGCAUGACGGUGUCCUACACGCUGAAGGUGGCCAAUGCCCGCUUUGGGGGCUUCUCGGCCCUCCUGUUCCGCUGGCGGGGGAGCAUUUACAAGUUGCUCUACAAGGAGCUCCUGGUGUUCCUGGGUCUCUACGGCGUGCUCAGCCUCACUUAUCGGAAGCUGCUGUCCCAGGAGCAGAAGCGGAUCUAUGCCCAAGUGGCUCAAUACUGCAACCGCUCUGCUGAUCUCAUCCCCAUGUCCUUCGUUCUGGGUUUCUACGUGACCCUGGUGGUGAAUCGCUGGUGGGCCCAGUACACGAGCAUCCCGCUGCCAGACCGCCUCAUGUGCGUGGUCACGGCCACUGUGCACGGGGACGACGAGCGCGGCCGCACGCUGCGCCGGACUCUGCUGCGCUAUGCCAACCUGUCCUCCGUGCUGGUGCUGCGCUCGGUCAGCACCCGAGUCCUGCGGCGCUUCCCCACCAUGGACCAUGUGGUGGAAGCAGGCUUCAUGUCCCAAGAGGAGCAGCAGAAAUUCGAGAGCCUGCACUCAGACUUCAACAAAUACUGGGUUCCUUGUGUCUGGUUCACCAACCUGGCUGCCCAGGCUCGAAGAGAGGGCCGAGUGCGAGAUGACAUCGCCCUGGGGCUGCUCUUGGAUGAGCUGAACCAAUACCGAGGCAAGUGCAGCUUACUCUUUCACUAUGACUGGAUCAGCAUCCCCCUGGUCUACACUCAGGUGGUGACCAUUGCUGUCUACUCCUUCUUUGCCUUCUGCCUCAUUGGACGUCAGUUCCUGGAGGGUACUGAGGCUCCAGAGCCAGGUCAAGAGACCCUGGGGGAUCUGGAUCUCUACGUGCCACUUACCACCCUUCUACAAUUCUUCUUCUAUGCUGGCUGGCUUAAGGUGGCUGAACAAAUCAUCAACCCCUUCGGGGAGGAUGAUGAUGACUUUGAGACCAACCAGCUCAUCGAUAGAAACCUGCAGGUGUCACUGUUGUCUGUGGACAACAUGUAUGGAGACCUGCCGCCCACGGGCCGGGACCGCUACUGGAGCGAGGAGGCGGCUCAGCCCCCCUACACCCAGGCCUCAGCGGCCGACAGUCUGAGGCCCUCCUUUAUGGGUUCCACCUUCAACCUGCUCAUGUCAGAGGAGCGGUUGCAACCUGACCCGGACACGGAGGAGGCCGGAGCGCCCUCGAGUACCCCCAGCCCUGCGUGGGCGCGGACGCCUCUGCUCAGCCGCUUCCUGGGAGCCUCCGCGCCGUCUCCAGCCAUCAGCCUGCGGGUCCCGCGGACCCCUCUGCUGCCCUCUCGCCCUCAGGCCGCCACGCCGGUCCCAGGACGGCUGCGUCUGACCCGCCUCAUGCCUGCGCCCGCAGCCCGUAUAGAUGAGGAGGCUCCGGAGACCCCGAGCCCGGACCUGGGCUCCCUGGAGGAGGAGGAGGACAAGGUCGCUCCUCCGAGUGCGGCCACGCCCUCGGGCUAGGCCCCGCCUCUCCUGCCCCUCGGACUUGUGCUGGCGUCUCAUUAAAGGCUCCCUUCCUCCCCA